AAUGAGGGUUUUGUGUUCCUCUGUCUCUUUUUCUCCAUAGGUUAUGAUGCUGAUCUUCUGGAGAAAGACACUUACAACUCUGCUGCAGGCCCAAAGAUGGCACUGCCAACCAACCCGGGGCAUGCGACUGGUACAGUUUCAGACAGCCCACCUGAAGGGACCACACUUGGGCCUGGAGUCAGGAAACGGAGGGGGAAUCAUCAACCUCAAUGCCUUUGACCCCACACUGCCUAAAACUAUGAUGGAGUUCCUGGAGCAGGGAGCUGCCACGUUCUCAGUGGCGAGAAGAGCUCUGGAUGCCCAACUGCCUGUCCUAAAGCGGUCAGAGGUGACCUUCCUGGCCCCAGUCACCCGGCCAGAUAAAGUGGUGUGUGUGGGCAUGAAUUACGUGGACCAUUGCAAGGAACAGAACGUUCCCGUCCCCAAGCAGCCCAUCAUCUUCAGCAAGUUCCCCAGCUCUAUCGUGGGUCCCUAUGAUGACAUCAUCCUUCCUCCCGAGAGUCAGGAGGUGGACUGGGAGGUGGAGCUGGCCGUGGUCAUUGGAAAGAAAGGCAAGAACAUAAAGACCACAGAUGCCAUGGCUCAUGUGGCUGGUUUCACUGUAGCACAUGACGUAAGUGCUCGUGACUGGCAAAUGAAACGAAAUGGAAAACAGUGGCUUCUGGGAAAAACCUUUGACACCUUCUGCCCCUUGGGACCUGCCUUGGUGACCAAGGAGAGUAUAGCAGAUCCACACAACUUAAAGAUCUGCUGUCAAGUUAAUGGGGAGAUAGUCCAGAGCAGCAAUACCAACCAGAUGGUAUUUAAGGCGGAAGAGCUGAUAGCAUGGGUCUCCCGGUUUGCCACACUUUACCCGGGGGAUGUCAUCCUGACUGGAACCCCUCCAGGUGUUGGUGUAUUCAGAAAACCUCCUGUGUUUCUUAAGAAGGGUGAUGAAGUCCAGUGUGAGAUUGAAGAAAUAGGUGUCAUCAUCAACAAGGUGGUGUAAUGGCUUCUGCACAGACAUAGGGCUUAGGGCAUGAGGUGGAAGCAUUGAUUGGGAUGCCUGCCAGGGAAAAGCCCAGUAGCAUCCUAUUCCAGAUGGAGAAGAGACAAGUCCCUCCCUUCAAUAAAUUUUCAGACCAAAG